AUGCCCUCCGAUGGCAAUGAGUAUAUCCACAGUACUGGCGCCCUUACAACGCGACCAUCCCUUCAUCACCUCGUACCUGGCUCCCCUCCACGCGUCGCCCGAUAUGCGUAUACGCACCUCGAGUCCACUAUCCCGUACUUCGACAGACUCGGCAGACACAGAGAUGAAUACCACACGAACCCGCGGCUAUCGCCGAGGCAUCAUCUUCUCCCUGCCCCGGCAACUGUCCGGGCGUCUGCACAAGAACUCUACCCUCCAUUCGAGUUCCGUCGUCGUGACACAAACUCCACCCUCAUCGCCUUCUCCGGGGCAAUGUCUUUGGCCGUCGGUGCCGCGGCCUUCGCGCUCGCAAGCAACGCGCCCAUGUCAAGAGCGGUACAAUCCCUUCUCGGUCAAUACGAUAUCGUGUUAUGCUACUUGGAGCUAUCGGGACCUCUACUCCGCCGGUGCGAUUCAGACAUCCGCGUCCUCGGUCUUCUGCUCGAAUUCGAAGGGCACUCGUCCGGGAGUAUACUACUCCCACGCGUUUCGGUUUCCGGGUGUACUCGGCGUCUUUGCCUGCGCACUGGGAUAUAUCGCAUACCACAAGUAGAGCUAAUCUCACGGGCCAACAUCUAUGAUGCGAUCGUGGAUUGGUCGAUAUAUGGCUUCAACAGACCUCUCGCGCUUAAGUGA